UCUCGAAUCGGGUCGACGGCGCGGUGCGUGAGUGCGCUGUCUGUUUGUUGUCCCUCUCGUCGUGCGAAGCUGUCGGAAACAUGACGCAAGAAAGCCAGAUACCUCCCCCACCUGUCAUGUGGGCCCAAAGGAAAGAUAUGUUAUUUGUUACUAUCUGCUUAGAAGACUGUAAAGAUCCUAUUAUUGAAAUUGAACCAGAAAAGAUAUAUUUCAAAGGGGAGGGAGGCACAGAUAAUAAAAUGCAUGAGGUUACAAUUAACUUGUAUAAAGCAAUUGAGCCCUGUAAGACUGGAAAGACUUUGAAAGGCAGAACCUUUGAAUUAGUUCUUGCUAAAAAGGAGGAGGGACCAUAUUGGCCACGGCUAAUUAAAGAAAAAACAAAGGCUCAUUGGUUAAAGAGUGAUUUUAACAAAUGGAAGGAUGAGGAAGAUACCGAUGAUGAAAGUAGCCCACCAGAUUUAGAAGAGAUGAUGCGACAGAUGGGUGGUCUUAGUGGUUCUGGUGACAGUAAGCCAAAUUUUGAUGACUUAGAUGAAUUAGGAGAUAAUGAGGCCGACAGUGAUGAUGAAGAUCUUCCUGAUUUAUAUGAUUAAACAAUAAAUAACAGCAUCGAUUAAACUUAAUUAAUAACAUUUAAAAAAAGCAAAUGGCAACCUGAAAAUAGUGCACAAUUGGGCAAUAUUUCAAUAGGCCUUGCUGUUUGUACCUUCAAUUGCAAAUUUGUUAAAAUGAUCGUGUUGUAAAGUAGCAAACUGGACAUGCAAAAUGGACUAAAAACAAGCAAACUGUAAAGGUAUAAUGCGGUAACAAUUGUCGCACAGUAAUACUGGUCUUGAAGGGUUCUCCACAUCUCUACCGCCUCCUCAAUUAGCUUGUAGUUCAUAUACUAAGUUGUAAUGGACAAGCUUUUUUAAUGAUGUAUUGUGUAAAGUAAUAAAAGAAAAUGAAAAAUGAGAGUAACACAAAAUUA